AUGCUCGAGCACUUGUGGAUCCCUGCUCUGAAGCUACGUUUAUCUCCGAGUCUCUCGCUCAACGCAUACACGCACUUCGGCAGUCUGCCUGCGUGCCCGCCCGUUACCGGCGUAGGAGCCGUACCCAGUUACACAGUGAAAUCAAGGACCGUGAUUAACAUUUCUUCUCGCUUCUCAGGCGAGGCCCGCUGGGAAGUGAAGGCACUCAUCCUUCCUCAUCUUACUGCAUAUGUACCACCUCCAAAGCUGACGCAUGAUGUAGGAAACUUUCUAGACGGACUCGCUCUUGCUGAUCCUGAGAUCAACUCAGCCGAUCCCAUAGAUAUAAUUAUCGGUGCGGAUGUGUACGCACUCAUCAUACAGGAAGGUCUAUGCAAAGACCCCCAGCGAGCACUUGUUGCCCAAGCGACUGGAUUGGGAUGGAUCCUUACUGCUUCACUACCUACUAUAUCGAUUGUUGACUCAAGAGCGCUGUCCAGCUUAACUUGCACUAUUGAUGAGGACUUCUCCAGACUUAUCACUCGUUUCUGGGAACAAGAGCAGGCUGAAUCAGUCAAGCCCACCCCUCUAACGCAGGACGAGCAUGAGUGUGAAGAACAUUUCGCUAAAACGCAUAAAAGGAACACUGAUGGACGGUACGUCCUCCGACUGCCCUUCAGGCCCAAUCGUAUCUACUUAGGAAACUCCAGGCCAGCUGCGCUCGCUGCACUUCAUCGAUUGGAACAGCGGCUUAAGAGAUGCCCCUCUGUCAAUGAAAAAUACAAUGAAUUGAUGGAAGGAUACAUCUCUCGCGGCCACAUGAAAGAAAAGUCGACACUUGCUUCAAGCUCUAACGAAGAACCUUCCUUUAUACUACCUCAUCAUGGUGUAUUCAAGACGCACGGAGAUACGAGCAAACUUCGCGUCGUUUUCAAUGGCUCAGUAAAACUGCCAAAAGGACUGCCAAUCAAUGACUGUUUGCAUCCUGGCCCAAAGUUGCAACUCGACAUUUUCGACGUUCUGUUGCGUUGGAGAAGCUUUCGAUACUGCUUCUCGGGCGACAUUGAAAAAAUGUUUCGCCAAAUCCUCAUUGACGAGCGCGACCAGGCCUUUCAACAGAUCCUAUGGGGUCAUGAGGAAGUUAUGAUCUACCAUCUCUGUACAGUCACGUAUGGCCUCGCUCCAUCUCCAUAUCAAGCCAUCCGUACGCUGCUCCAGCUCGCUAUCGAUGAGGGUGCCAAAUUUUCCCGAGCGGCAGCAAUUCUACAGAAGCACAUUUAUGUGGAUGACAUCUUGGCUGGUGCAAACACCCUCGAAGAAGCGCUUGAACUUAAAUCAGAGUUAGUUGAUUUACUCAAGGCGGGCGGCUUCCCUCUCAGCAAAUGGGUUGCGAACCACGCGGAGAUUUUGUCCGAUGUGCCCGAGGAUCAACUCGCAAAGAUUCAGCAUCUUUCUUGGCACCAGGCGGAGGCAAUUUCUAUGCUUGGCGUUGCCUGGAAGCCGUAUCCGGACGCCUUCUGCUUUCAAUUCAACCUUACGGCACCCAAAACGAAUAUCACGAAAAGAGCGGCUCUAUCUACCAUUGCGCAACUGUAUGAUCCAUUGGGAUGGAUCACGCCAGUCUCUGUGUCAUUCAAAAUCUUCAUGCAGUCUCUGUGGCACGCUGGCCUCGACUGA